AUGUUGGCAAUAUCUAAUUCCCAACCUUAUAAAAUCCCUCUUCGUUUCUCACCAUCCAAACCCCUCACUUUCUCCAUACAAAACAAACAUUCCAAGACUUCAAAACAACACAACACUCAUCAAAGAAUAUUUUCUCUUACUUUCCUCCACUUUCUCGAGAAAAUGUCAGCCUGCAGCAAGAUCCGCCACAUUGUCAGAAUCGGCCAAAUGCUGCGGCGGUGGCGUAAGAAGGCGGCGAUGAAUGCACGCCGCAUACCCUCCGACGUACCCGCCGGACACGUGGCAGUCACCGUCGGCACCAAUUGUAGAAGAUUCGUGGUUCGCGCAACGUACCUGAACCACCCCGUGUUCAAGAAACUACUGGUUCAGGCGGAAGAGGAGUAUGGGUUCACUAACACAGGCCCAUUAGUCAUCCCUUGUGACGAGUCAGUCUUCGAAGAGAUACUCCGGUUCUUGUCACGGUCCGAGUCAAGCAACUCAGCUCGGUUCAUGAAUCUUGAAGACUUCCACAGGCACUGCCAUGUCGGUUUACGAAGCAAUCUUGAGUUCUGGCCUGAGUCUCGUCCUCUUCUUGGUGGGUUUACCGAUAAAUCCAUCUGUUAA